AUGGAAAAGCCUCAACAACCACUUCCACCACGGGCACCUACACGGAUUGGAGCUGGUGAUGCUCCACGCAACCAUACCCAUCGUCAGGGUAUAGUGCCUCCAGCAGUGCAGAACAACAACUUCGAGAGCAAGAGUGGUCUGAUCUCCGUAGUCCAGCAAAAUAAAUUUCAUGGUCUGCCUAUGGAAGACCCCUUGGAUCACCUCGAUGAGUUUGAUCGUCUAUGCAGUCUCACCAAGAUUUAUGGAGUCAGUGAGGACGGAUCUAUUACCUCCUGGGAUCAAUGCAAGCAGUCAUUUCUUGCCAAGUUUUUCUCGAACUCUAGAACUACACGUCUGCGCAACGAGAUCUCUGGGUUCACUCAAAAGAGUGGUGAAACGCUCUGUGAAGCCUGGGAGCGCUUCAAAAGUUAUCAGUCUCAGUGUCCCCACCAUGUCUUCACCAUGGAGUCUCUCCUCCGCACUCUUUACCGGAGAGUUCUCCCAAAGAUCCGGAUGUUACUUGACACUGCCAGCAAUGGCAACUUUCUGAACAAGGACGUUGACGAUGGUUGGGAGCUUGUUGAGAACCUAUCCCAAUCUGAUGGCAACUACAAUGAAGACUAUGACAGAACCAUCAAGGCAAACACAUAUCUUGAUGAGAAAUACAAAAAGGAGAUGAAAGUUGUGAAUAAUAAGCUGGAUAAACUCUUAAUGAGCCAGCAAAGGAACAUCCAUUUCUUCUAUGAAGAAGACCCUUUCCAGAUUCUGGAUGGGGAGGAAGAACAAUCUGAGGAGAUAAGCUUUAUACAUAACCAAGGUGGAUACAACAAGGGAUAUAACCCCUAUAAGCAGAAUCCCAAUCUGUCUUAUAGGAGCACCAAUGUUGCAAAUCCCCAGGAUCAGGUUUAUAUACCUCCAAAACAGCAGCAGCAGGGGCAAAACAAACCAUUUGUGCCCUACAACGAAGGUUAUGUGUUCAAUAGCAAGCAACUCCUCCAUGGACAAGCAAGUGGCUCCAAGGACAAUGUUAAGACGUUUGCUGAGCUGACUCAGAGGUUGGACUGCUUAUACAAUGAUAUGAAUAUGAAGAUUGAGACUCUGAAUUCCAAGAUCAAGUAUAUGGAGGGCAAAACUGCUUCUACUUCUGCCCCAAAGCCUGGCCAACUCCCAGGAAAAGCUGUUCAGAAUCCUAAGGAGUUUGCUCAUGACAUCACGCUGAGGAGCGGUAAAAAUUUGCCUCCCAGACAAGGGCAUGUUGAUGUCAAUAAGGACAUUGAAGACUUGGAAGGGGAGGAUGCAUGUUAG